AUGGUCAGGUCAUCUCAGCAGGGCAUCUGUGUCUGGAAGCAGCUCAGCAUUUGUGCUUCAGGGCAGGUGGGAAUCCUGGAUGAGUUUGAUGAAAUCGCUAUCAUUCCACUCUGUUCCACAUGGAACAUCCCCUUUUACUGUAUCCGUACUAUGUGCAAGAACACAUUUGUGUUCUUUCCUUUCAGGUCUGUGCUGACAGUUGCUUGUGAACAGACUGAAGUGCUGCUUUUUGACCCUAUUUCUUCAAAGCACAUAAAAACCCUUUCUGAAGCGCAUGAAGACUGUGUGAAUAAUAUCAGAUUUCUUGAUAACCGGCUAUUUGCUACCUGCUCUGAUGAUACUACAAUAGCACUAUGGGAUCUGAGAAAACUGAACACCAAAGUAUGCACUUUACAUGGUCACACUAGCUGGGUGAAGAACAUCGAAUAUGAUACUAAUACAAGACUCUUAGUAACAUCAGGAUUUGAUGGAAAUGUCAUUAUAUGGGACACUAACAGGUGCACAGAAGAUGGGUGUCCACAUAAGAAAUUCUUUCAUACACGUUUUCUUAUGCGAAUGAGAUUAACACCAGAUUGUUCUAAAAUGUUGAUCUCAACAUCCUCUGGAUAUCUUUUGAUUUUGCACGAUCUGGAUUUAACUAAGUCUUUAGAAGUAGGCAGCUAUCCCAUUUUGAGAGCAAGAAGAACUACUUCAAGUUCAGAUUUGACCACUUCAUCAAGUUCUUCUGGUUCUAGAGUUUCUGGUUCACCUUGUCAUCACAGUGAUUCAAACUCAUCUGAGAAACACAUGUCACGAGCCUCUCAACGAGAAGGAGUUUCACCACGAAAUAGUCUUGAAGUCUUAACCCCUGAAGUUCCUGGUGAGAGAGAUCGUGGAAACUGUAUCACAUCUUUACAACUGCACCCCAAAGGCUGGGCCACCCUUCUUCGGUGCUCAAGCAACACUGAUGAUCAGGAGUGGACCUGCGUCUAUGAAUUCCAAGAAGGAGCUCCAGUGCGGCCUGUGUCACCUCGAUGUUCCCUGCGGCUGACUCAUUACAUUGAAGAAGCUAAUGUAGGCAGGGGCUACAUCAAAGAACUUUGCUUCAGCCCCGAUGGACGAAUGAUUUCUUCCCCACAUGGCUACGGGAUUCGCUUGUUGGGAUUUGACAAGCAGUGCAGUGAGCUUAUUGACUGUUUACCCAAAGAAGCCAGCCCCCUACGGGUGAUUCGCUCUCUGUACUCUCACAAUGACGUGGUCCUGACAACAAAGUUCUCUCCAACACACUGUCAGAUUGCCUCAGGGUGCCUUAGUGGACGGGUCUCUCUGUAUCAGCCAAAGUUUUAGGCACAACUUACAUCAAAUGAGGAACUCUUCUGGUGUUUGUUUAUGAAUUACUUCAAUUUAGGUGAAGUAUUUUCUUUUUUAGAAGAUCUUAUAACUCUGGGUCAAGAUAUUGGUUCUUAUGGGUUGGUGAACACCGUGACCCGAGUCCUUGGCCAUCCAGCAUCACCUGGGCAUCUCCAUUCCGACCAUGCAGCAUCGUUCUCUUGGCAUUCCUUUGCUCUGCUGUCGGUGCCGCUGAGUUUGGGUUUUCCUAGUCAUUUUGCAUGUGGCUCUUGUUCUCUCCCCAUCCCUGUUUCCAUCACUGCUUCCCCCCCCCCAUUUUAUUUUGGUAUGAAUUUUGUGAGCAUUGGAUAAGAGUCAUGGUUGGGAUGAGGAACAGCCUGUGGCACUAGUGUUAAAUAAAACCCAGAAGUUGGAUGUUGGCACACCACUUUUUGAAAAAAAGAAAGUUCAUCUUCAUUUAUCAGUACACUUGGCCUUUAAAGUUGCUGUCAAAUAUUGAGCACAGAUAAUAGCAUUAUUCUCAUAACUGAUACUCUUGCAACAAAAUAUCCUUUUAAAAUUUCCUGUUAAAAUUAUACAAGUUAUCUCAUGUGAGAUUUUUGUUGUGAAAUUCUAGAAAAAUAUUGCAACCUCAUUGUAAUUUAUUUUACUUGUAUGAAUUUAAAAUCUGCAGCAUGUGUCUGUAUUUGGUAUUUUGUUCCUGUCAGCAGCAUUGGAAAGGAAAGGAAUAAGCUCGGUCAUUUCUGUUGUACAGAAGAUUUAUUCAUUAGGUUGGUACAGUUUCUGGCCAUAGAGUGAGAAGACUAAGUUGGCUUAGAUUGGCUGUGAUUCUUUGAGUCACACAGAUGAGCUGUUCACAGUAAUGGGUGGGAGGAAAAUAAGAUUUUAUUGUCUUUGUUUCUUCAGCCAGAGAGCAUAAACUCCGCUCUCGCCAUCACUAAGAAGGGACCUGUAGUCCUUUACGCUGCUGUCUGUGACUUGAGUAGCCCUACUGGCUCUGCUUUGGUCAUGGAAAGUAUCAGGCAAGGUGUGAAGGCAAUGACUCCUGCCUUGGAUGGGCAGCGUUCUUCCAGUCUCUGCUACAUUGAUUGGCAUUUGUUGAGAUAUGUUAGAAGCUGGAAUAAUUGAAGCCAUGCAGAGCCUUGCUCUCUUUGGUCACGUGCCCUUUAGGCCAGCGUUUCUCAAAUAUUAGGAAGCAGUAUAAUCCUUGAAGGAUUUGUGAAAAAUGCAGGAAUCUGGGCCUGACUUUAGAAGACUGAUUUAGGCAGGGAAAGGACUGGACUCUUUAUAAAAAGAACCUUAAAUCAUCUAUAUCCAGGUGACCUCCAGGUCAUAGUUUGAAAACAACCUGAAAUUGCAAUAGGUAUUUCUAUACCCAUUUGGUGCUUAACACAAUUCCCACAAGAUGUUUCAUCUAUUUAAACAGUAAUAAUAAUAAAUCAACAAUAGCAAUUUUAGAGUAGCAUAUAACUUGAAAUGGUAUUCAUUUCAUCGUUAGACAAAUGAAAGAAGUUAAACGAUUUGCCUAAGGUCAUACAAAGUUAGUGGGAAGGCCAGAGCUUCAAGUCUCUUAAUUCCUCGCUCAAGGCAGUUUCUACUGUAUUAGGACGGCUGUUACAAACAUCAGUGAUGCCAGGCAGUGGUGGCACAUGCCUUUUAUCCCAGCACUCAGGAGGCAGAGGCAGCCUGGCCUACAGAGCGAGUACCAGGGCAGGCUCCAAACUACACAGAAACCUUGUCUUAAAAAACAAAACAAAAAAAAUCAGUAAUUAUGGGCAUUUUGUCUUUAGGUUAUAUUAUUGUGAAUAAGAUGAUCAGAUUGGAAAAGGCUGCAUGGGAGUAGAUGCUGAAAGUUUUAUCCAUAGCAAAAAAGGUAUUUGAUACAGAAAUGUUGAAACAGCCCAAAUACACGGAUAAAUGCACAGUUCUUUCUUUAUAGUGCCCAUCAGCCAUUCGCACACCUGCAAGAGCUUUUGUCUCCCAAAGAACAAUGCUAGCUCUGGGGCAGUCUUUAAAAAUUAGAUCUUAUCAUAGAUGUUAGAAAAGCUGGAAAACUUGUAGUCAUUGAAAAAAACAGCAAAGUACAGUGAAAAUCAUAGGCUUGCUUCUAUAAGCUAAUUUAGACAUAAGGAUAUUAAGGUGGUGAGUUACUUCUUUGCUGUGUUCUUAAUUGCAAAUACAGAGUUCAGAAUGAUAGUCUAUAGCCAUACUACCCUUGAAUGCACAUGAACUCACCUUAGAAGCUAAGGGGGGUCAGGCCUGGAUGGGAGAAUUCAGAAGGAUGCAAAUGCAAUUAUCGAAGAGGGAUGCUUUUUAUUUCCUCUUAUGAUAACUGAGCUGUUAUCUGGAGUCUGUGCUUUCUCUCUGGUUUUCCUGAGGGGAGGGAGGGAGGGACAUCAGACUCAGGCUGUGCAAGGCUCCCUCCCAAGCAGCACUGAAUUCAGACCCAGGUUUGCCUGUUUAUUUUAUUACUAAGUCUGUACUGACUUCUCUACCAUUUUUGCCCCUUAGUUUGUGAAGGAUGAGCUAGCUACCUUGGUCUGUUAAUGUAUGAGCUUGAUAUCUUCUGCAAAAUUUUAUUACAAGGCUGGCCUUGUUGCCUUCAUUGCUGCAUAGAACAUUUUGAACACUGGUGUUUCCAUGAGACUGCAGAUCAUCACCCCAGGCAUACAUGUGGGCCGUUCUAAGCUAAAAACCAAGCAAGCAGCACUCGUGUUGAAAAUGUAGAGGAUAGCUUUGUGAGAAAGCAAAGCCAGAGAUGAGAACCGAAAAGAGCCAGCAAGUGCUGCAGCAGGGAGAGUCAGGGCCAAGACAAAAAUCAGUCAGUAUUAACCAGAAUUGAAGGGCCUCAGAAAACCUGUACUAUUGGGAAAAGUUACAUAUUACCAUUUUAAGGUCCCAUUUGAACAGUCUGAAAAUCUGGUACUUUUUACUGUUUUAUUUAUACAUUUCUAUUAUAAUUGAUAAUGAAGUUAUUGUUGGUAAAUCUUGGUAACUAAGUUAUUCUGGCUUAAAGCUUUCUUCAGAACACCUGUUAAUGGGAAUGCUAUGUUGAAUGACUUAGGUGCAUCACAUAUACAAUAGUUGCUUAUUUUCAAUCAGGAAAUGAAGGGCUAAAAUAAGAGUCUUUUGUUUUUAAAAAUAUGUGUGACCAUGGAGCUGGAGAAAUGGGCUCAGCAGUUAAGAGCACUGAUUGCUCUUCCAGAGGACCCAGGUUCAAUUCCCAGCACCCACAUAGCAGCUCACACCUGUCUGUAACUCCAGUUCCAGGGCUUGACACCUCACAAAGACAUACGUGUAGGCAAAACACCAGUGAACAUAAAAUAAAAAUUAUUUUUUUAAAAAAGUGAUCACAGCUAGUGGUGGCGCACGCCUUUAAUCCCAGCGCAGGGGAAGCAGAGGCAGGUGGAUCUCUGUGAGCUUGAGGUCAGCCUGGUCUGCAUGCUAAGGUUCCAGGCAAGCCAGAGUCAUAGUGAGUCCCAGUUUAUUUGUUUUAAGUGUCUUUUUUUUUUUUUCCACAAAGCCCAAAUCAUGUCUAUUUUAUUUCUCCCUGUUAGAUCCCUAAAAAGAAGCCACAAUAAAAGUUUUAAGGGAACAACUCAAAGGAAAAUAAUAAAGUUCAUGUUCCCUACUCCUGCAUCUAGGACCAGGUCAGCUCAUGUAAUUUUAAAGGCUGUCAUUCUAGAAGGGGAGCAGAGGGGAAACACCCCAAGAAACCCUUAGAAUACUGUUGUCUCUCACACUGGACCAUGCAGCACUGUGUCCCUAAGUGUCUGUUACACUUGGCUUUUAGUUUUGUUUUUGAGACAAGGUUUCUUUGUGUAGACCUGACUGUCCUGGAACUCGCUGUGUAGACCAGGCUGGCCUGCAAUUCAGAGUUCUUUCUGCCUCUGCCUCCCAAGUGUGCACUACCAUGCCAGGCUUUCAUUUGACUUUUAUAAAAAGCAGGCGAUAUGGUCUGGUAGCUUCCUGAUGACAAUCAUCCUCAUUCAGUGACCAGUGGUCCUUGGGUGCUGUAUAGAUCCAUUCUGUAACACCUUCUGUUGGUCAUGAAGGAAUCCAUAUAUGUGGAUUUUGUCUGGAUAACUAAUGUGUAUCUCUUAAGUGCCAAAAUUUUAAAUUUGUAGUUAUUGUUGAUGCAAGUCUCCGUAGGUAUGGUAGUCUACCUCUCUGCCUUCUUAAACAGCAUGCUCGAUCUGAUUCACUUUAUCAUGAUGAAGUUACAUUACACUCACAAUGUAUUAUUGCAAAUCCACAACGAGCUCUGAUACAUGUAGACUAUUUCAUAGAACACAAAGGGCUAUAAGAAAUGUGAGAAAUAUCUCUUAGGAAUAUUCCCUCAACUAUGUAUUUGCCUCAUGGUUAGCUUUAAAAAUGUAUAUUGCGAAGUAAUGUAUUCUAUCAGCACGCCUGUUUCUAACAGGCUCCUACUUCUGUGCUAUCUUACGGGCUGUGACAUGAGUUAACCAGUCCUGGUCGCUGCCUACAAAAAUAACUGGGCAAACUCUGGGCACACAGUGAGGCAGCUCCUUUGGCUGUGUUCUACUCACCAUCUGAAAAAUGAAGCCCAUUGUUAAAGGUGGGGCAAGCAAGUAAGGGAGGCAUAAACCAGAGCUGCUGCUGCUGGGCCCCAGACUAGCACUGAAGCAGAGUGCAGCAACAACAGCCAACAGCGCUCCAUCUGCAAGGGGUAAGCAACACAUGCGGAAGGACACCCACGGAGUGCAGAAGAGGAAGGAAAAGGAAGCUCCAGGUAGGCUUAGGGCUAGAGAGAUGCCACUGAAACCAUUGAAAUGUAUACCUGAUAUCACACUAACGGCCACCGAACAUGUACAUCCUAGAGAACUGCCACUGUCCUGAGAACUCCCGUUCAAAUGAUAAUGGAAAUUAUCGCCAACAGGAAAAUCUCCAUGUUUGCCGUAAAUGAGCUGACAGAGGUUCAGUCAAAAGCCCCGAGGAGCACAUCUGAUGCACACAUCUUUUGGAUGUAUGUAUAUAGAAACGUGACACCCCCCCAGGAGUAAUAAAGUAAUGUUCAGGAUUUAAAUCCGGUCACAGUCUUUAAACGUUAGGUUUGUGUUUUUAAAACAAACUUGGAACAUUCUAGUUAAUAAGCUGCCAAUCAGAACACUAUCGCAGGGUCUAAGGUGCUAUUGGCUUGUCUGCUAGACUGUGCGCUCCUUCAGGGCAGGGCUAUCUUCUUUAUUCUUGUAUCCAUGGUGCCCAGGAGAGGAUCUGACAGAGUGGUUGUUCAAUAAAUACCUGUUGAAUGAGUCAAAUGAACCUUCACUAUGUGUGGCCUCAAGUUCUCAUGAAGCCAGAAUGUGAUGGAAAACUUACCGAGCCCCAGAGGCAGUAUCAGGUGGUGGUGGUUGGGGUUUGGUUUGGUUUGGUUUAGUUUGGUUGAUUUUGUUUGUUUGGGGGGUGGUUGUUUUUAAAUAGUAGGCUAUCUUCCUCUGGGUAUUUAUUGAUUUUUGAAAGCUAAAUCAGGGUUCUAAUUCUCACUGAACAUGGACUUGAACCCUAGUAUAUGCCUGGUACUAGGUACUCAGGGAACGGAGAUAAAACUACGGUCUCUCUAUAGAAGCAUAGGAAACAGACAUCAACCGGGCUGGCAUUACAAGGUUGUGGAGUUAUUUAGGCUGCAUGCUCGUUUACAUGCAGCCUGUUGUAAACCUGGGAGCAGCAGCAGUGCAUUCUGAUGUGGCCUUGGCUCACACAUUAAGUGGUUCUUAACUUAGAAAGGCAUUGUAAGAAUUGCACAUCCUCCAGCUAUCUUUAAAGGCCUUCAAAGACAGCUACAACUGCACGACUUCAUUCCUUAGUUUCUACUCUAUAAUUAAAGCUACUUACAGAUGGUUUUUGGUAUGUGAAAUGUUCUUUUCAGAACAGAUAAACUUUCUAAGACUGUAAAAUAGAUUUACCUUUCCUAUUGAAUUAUUUUAAGCCUUUUGAGUGGAUAGACAGAAUUACAGAUGACCACCACACAUACCAACAUAAAAUCUCCAGGUUUCAUUAAACCUUUAUAUGUGCCCUGAAUAUUUUGGUACAUGUCUACCUCAUUAUGUGAUUUUAAGAAAUAAAUGUUACUUGCAAACAUUUGA